AUGCAGGCGUUUUGUGGUCCGGCCUUCAGGCUGCUGGCAAAUGCCGAUGCCCUGCGCAACCACCCUGACACAGUCGACGACUUGUUCAGGCUAUGCACGAGGUACAUUCAGCGGAUGCCUGUGGUGUUCCUGAAGAACCCCGCCCUGUCGGGUAUCAUCCAGUGUGCUCUCGCUGCCUGUCCUCUGGACCACCGGGAAGCCAACACGUCGGUGAUGAAGUUCCUCUGCGACCUCAUUCACUGCGGACGGUCCAAGAAGGAGACACCGGACUUUGCGGAGCGGCAGUCGCUUGUUGGAUCCUUGCUGUCCAGCCAGGGCCAGACGAUUGUGACCACUCUGAUCCAGUCCUCCAUCUUCUGCCUGCCCACCGCACUCUUGCCCGAUGUGGCUGAGGUGCUCUACGAGUUGAUUGAGUUUGAUCGGCAGUGUGACCUGUGUUUUAUUGGUGGCUUGCAGGAUAUAUGCUUGCAACCUUCGCAAAACCCGGACGAGCGAGUGCGUGCCCGCGUGUUCCGCUGUCUGGGAAGCUGGUUCUCGGUGGGCGGCCUCCGCCUAGAAGACCCGAUAUUGCACAAGCUUUUGGGGCGCGUGUUUGAGGCCCUGAAAAGCCCUAGUUCAUCCUCAAGUGUGCACGAAACAGCGACUGACUGCAUCUGCAAUGCUCUCAUGCUAAUAGGGCAACACUCGUCACAGUCAACAGCCUUGGCUCAAGCCUUGGUGCAGGGCGUGUACACCCUUGUUGAGUCCUACCAUUUAUCGGUAGCACAUGAAGACUUGGACAGAUCGGUGAACUACUGUCGCAUCUUCACAGAGCUGGCUGAGUCUCUGCUCGACGACAUGGUUCAACAUCCAGGACAGGGCCUGGGUGAUACACGUUGUUUGGACUUGCUGCUGACCUGCGUCGGGCACUACGACUACGAGGUGGCAGAGAUCACAUUCAACCUCUGGUAUCGGCUCUCGGAGGCACUCUACAAAGAGAGCAACGACGCGCUGAACGCCUUCUUCGGCCGGUACAUCCAGAUGCUCCUUGUUGCCCUCUGCCGACAUUGCCAGCUGGACCCAGACAAGGAAGGGGUGCCAUCCGACAAGGAUGACUUUGGCGACUUCCGGAAUCGUGUUGCAGAGCUCAUCAAGGAUGUGGUCUAUCUCGUGGGCUCUGCCAACUGCUUUCACCAGAUGUUUGAGAACCUGAAAAACCAGGGUGCUUCGGCCACUUGGGAUGUCACCGAGGCCACCCUGUUCGCCAUGGCUGCCGUGGCAAAGAAUGUUGUGCCGGAGGAGAACGACACAGUCCCCGAGGUGGUGGAGGCCAUCUUAAAGCUGCCUGCUGAGUCGCACACAGCCGUGCGACACACCAGCAUCCAGCUGCUGGGCGAACUGUGCGAGUGGAUCGACAAGCACCCACAGUACCUGGAUCCAGUGCUGACGUUCCUGCUGCAGGCUCUGCAGACGCAGAGCCUGGCGAGCGUGGCGGCAGCCUCCCUGCAGAAUGUGUGCGCCACCUGCCGGUCCCAGAUGGUGGCACACUUCCCGGCGCUACUGCACAUUGUCAGCGCUGUAGACACGCUGAGUGUCUCGACCAGCGCUGCUCUAGGGCUGCUCAAAGGUGCUGUCUUGGUUCUGGCCAAGAUGAGUCCUGAACAGGUCACGGACGGCAUGCGGCAAAUGUGCAGGCUCCAGACUGAGCGUCUGACACGGGUCAUGAAUGCAGAAGAGACUAAUGCCGAGGGAAGCCGGUCUGAGCCGAUCAUCUAUCUUGACAGGCUGGCAGCCAUCUUCAGGAACACCAAUGUGAACAUACCGUUGGGCCAGCCACAUCCCUGUCAGCCCGUGGUGGAGGAGGUGUGGCCGGUGUUGUCUCAAGCAUGCCACCGGUACCAGGCCGACGAGAAGAUCACCGAGCAAUGCUGCCGCUGCAUUCGGUUUGCGGUGCGCUGCAUUGGCCGGCACUCGCACUCCCUGCUGCAGCCCCUCGUCACACAGAUGGUGCAGUUGUACCAGGUGCACCAGCACUCCUGCUUCCUCUACCUGGGAAGCAUUCUCGUGGACGAGUAUGGCUCGGAGGCAGGUUGCGUUCAAGGCCUCAUCGAAAUGUUGCAGGCGUUUUGUGGUCCAGCCUUCAGGCUGCUGGCAAAUGCCGAUGCCCUGCGCAACCACCCUGACACAGUCGACGACUUGUUCAGGCUAUGCACGAGGUACAUUCAGCGGAUGCCUGUGGUGUUCCUGAAGAACCCCGCCCUGUCGGGUAUCAUCCAGUGUGCUCUCGCUGCCUGUCCUCUGGACCACCGGGAAGCCAACACGUCGGUGAUGAAGUUCCUCUGCGACCUCAUUCACUGCGGACGGUCCAAGAAGGAGACACCGGACUUCGCGGAGCGGCAGUCGCUUGUUGGAUCCUUGCUGUCCAGCCAGGGCCAGACGAUUGUGACCACUCUGAUCCAGUCCUCCAUCUUCUGCCUGCCCACCGCACUCUUGCCCGAUGUGGCUGAGGUGCUCUACGAGUUGAUCGAGUUUGAUCGGCAGGCACUGACAACAUGGUUGGAGAACGCUCUGAAGCUUCUACCAACGCACAGCAGUGGUGGAGCUGUCACAGCCACGCCAGCACAGCUGCAGGAAUUCCUGUCCACAGUUACUAGUGCCGAGCACAUGAGGAGCAUUUCCACAUCACUACGGGACUUCUCUAGGCUGUACCGAUGAGCAACAUGUGCAAAAAGUCUCACAGGACUAUUCUUACAGUUGUGGUGGAGCUCUUUGAUCGUUAUUUUGGCCUUUCCUCCCCCCCCCCCUCCCACCCUCUACCCCUCCUUUCCUCCUCGUGUGUUGACAGCUCGUCUCACCGUCUGUGAGCUGCGUCGUCCAGUGUCAUCUUGUGGACAUUGUAAAGUUCUGGAGAAAAGUAGUGAUGCAAUGCUUCCUGGGAAGUAUUGUUCGUAUUAUUAUUAUUUUCUGUAUUCAUCUGUUUGAAACGGAGCUGUUGGUUGCAGACACAAGUGUGUGAGCCCAGUGCCGUUCCCAAGUGGCCUGUUCAUAUGUAUGACCUGUUCUCUUGUUCGCCACGACACAACUCAUUCUUACUCACUCUGGCUUUGAGAGUUGGUGGUUUCCUUUAACUCCAUCUUGGGCAAGUGUCCUAUUUGUACGAUUGACCUUGGCUACAGCUUGCAUCUGGCUUGGAUUUGUUUUGCCCGAGAUAUUGUGGCCUUCUGUUAAAGGCUGUGCUCUUAAACCCAUCACUCGUGCCACCUUGCAUGCUGAACACUAAGUCAUUGCUUUUUUGUUUUCUUGCUUUCAUUGAGUUGUUGAAAUUUCAGGAAGGGUCAUGUUGCUACAUGGAAUGCUCAAAGCAGUGCUUCUUUUAUACCUGUUGUAGACUGUUGCAAGUGUGUGUGCAGAUGCGAGACCUUUCCAUGAGGUAGUGUUGUGUACAUAUGUGCCUCAAAUUUUGUUCUGUUGGCCUACACGUAAAGCUUUACAUUGUAAUUAAUAGGCGUCUUCAGUUUCCUAGCAAGGCGCUGGCACAGCUUGUGUAAUGGGGAAAGGUGCGACUAAUACUUUCGCAUGAAGUUUAUUAAUGUUGUGGCUUUAAUAGGUAGGGAUUUUGGGGUUUGAUUUUCUUUUAAAGUUAGAAGAAAGUUGCAUGGCUGAGAAUAGUUUUAGCAUAUGAGGUUUUUUAAUGCCACAAAGAUGUUGAAGCUGUUGGAGACUGUUGUUGAAUUGCCUGGCUCCUCAAGCACCGGGUGUUUUUUUGGUCAUGGUGCUGAAAGUUGGCGAGAGACCUCCUUUUUGGUGUCAUGAUUUAAGUAUGUGUCACAUGCUGAUGACAUACCUUUAUGUUAUGCUUGCUUGCGAUGACCAUGCUGGCACUGCUGCCAUCAGGGUUGACCCGAACUACCAAGUGCAUGCUUUGCGUUGCUAAAGUAUUGGCUGCUAAUUCCAAGACAGCAUCUAGGGUCGACAUAUAGCAUCGGUCAAUACUGGGCGUGAUCGCCAUGGCGAAAGCUGGCAAAAUGUGGGACUACGUUUGCUGUUUACUUGUGCCACAUGAGCAUGUGCAGCAUUUGCUAGAGCUACACGAGUCACGUGGCUGUGGUCACAUGGUCACGUGUCACGUGGCUGUGGUCACAUGGUCACGUGUUCCGGUUAAGUCUGAUGGCGGCGGUGUGUACGAAAAUGCAGGAUGUCUGAUGAACUUGAGGUGAUUGUUAGUUUUUUUUUUUUACUGGAAGAUUAUAAGGCCAGGAGAUGUUCCAAGCAAUGGUAAAGCUGUGAUGGAUUAACAAGACCAAAUUUUCUGAAGGAUUUGUGUGUAAUUUCUAUGCACUUGUUGGAGUGACAAGCUUCGUGGGUCUUGAUGCAUGGUUAUGUUUUGGUGCUAUGCCUUUGCAUAGUUGAUCAGCUACUGAGCACAGAAUGUAACGAGUGUGGAACGAUGGGUGAAUGUUUCUGCCUACCGUGCGUUGCUUCACAAUGGUAGCAAUUAUGGUUCCUUUCUUCAAGCACUGAAGGUAGUUUUUUUUUUUCUUCUAGUAACUGCUUCAACUGGGCACUUUUCAUGAUAGUGACAGGCAUUUGUAGACGGCAUGAUGCAUAUGCAUUGCUGCGACAUUGGAGGGUAUUAAUUUACAAGCAGUGCCGAAUGCUUCACCACUGUCAGCCUGACAGUCACAUCAUUUUGUUUUGAAAUGUCUGAACUGGACUGCUUCGGUUGUGACUUUCACCAGUCUCCAUGAAAUGGGGGCUGCCUGCUCGUCAUAUGCCAGAUGUUUUCAACUGCAGAGAUUUUGGUUGAGUGAUGUGAAUUGAGUGCUUGUAAGACGUAGCACUAAUUUCAGUUGCUACUGAUUUCAGUGUAAUAUCUGUUUCCUCUGGAUGCAAAACGGGCUACGUGCCCGUCGUAUGCCAGAAAUCGGCAACUGCAAAGCUCUUGGCUGAAUCAACUGAAUGGAGUGCUUGUUAGACGUAGCACUUAUUUCAGUGUCUUGGUUUCCUCGGGAUGCAAAGUGCAGAAAAACCGUGUGGACCCUGUAGUCGCUGGUUUAGAACUCUCGGAGGGCGCAUCAUCGCGGGGCCAAGUUUGGAGCAGUAUAGACAAGUGGUCUGGUGCUGGUUUUAGUAAGUGCUUUGCUUGGUUUGGAAAUUGCUUCUUAAUGUAAGCCCAUGCAAGCUGCAUCAUAUCGGUUGUAAGUGGAACUAGAAUUUAGUAGGAAGAUUUUACUACCAAGGCUUCCACGGGGGGGUGCGUUAUGCCUACUAGCAGCCUACUGACUUUGUAUAACGUGAUAAACAUGGUGCCCCGUCUAACAGCAUGCUAGACCUUACAAGUGUAGGAUGUCCUGGAGAGGAAUGUGCUCAUUUUUCAGGAAAGGCAAUUUUUGAGGCAUGUGCAUUUCACCUGUAACUGUGCUGCACUGUAAAAGGUGGCCAGAUGGUUGCAUCACUACAAUAAGAUCAUUCCGUAAUGGAGGGAAGGUUGUCUCUGUGUUCUAGGUAUGUCUGCAGCACACGUUUUUUAAAAAUGCUGAUGCUCCCAUAACUUGGAAGACUUGUGCAUGCCUUCAUGACUGCGGGAGGUAGGCCUAACCUCACUUCUAGCACUGAGGUUCAGGCAUUAUAAUGUGCAUAUUUUCGUAUAGUGCUGCAACGUGUUAUAUUUUGUAGUACAAUAAAGAUGUUUCUAAGUUUGGGAGCUGUGGCAUUGGGGCCACUUCAGCUAAUGAGAAUUUUGAUAACUGUGUUAUGCUUGUGCAUCUGCUGUGCCCAUUUGCUCUUGCCAUUUCACAUGCAGAGCUGUUUUUCUUUGCUUUUCGCCCAUUUAUUUCAGUUUGGCAUGGCUUUGGUACAGUCGGCUUCCUUUAAUUUGACGUCGCAGGACAUGUGACCAUUGGUUCAUACUACAGAAAUUUCAAGGCAAAAAAGCAGCCUUAUUUGUCCCAAUUAGGGAAUGAACUCAAGGUGAGAAGCUAAGGAAGAAUAGCUUGACGGUGUAUGAGCUGAAACAAAAACAUAUUUAACAUUCACAGGCACCGGUUUGAAAAUUUUAACAUGAUUUAAUUAAAAAUGCUUAACAGGCUCACUGAUGUUCAGUUGAAGGGAGGUGACUGUACUAAACGGAUUUUUCAGGACUGCACUUUCCUGGUCAUUGUGCAAGUAUUAUAGAAUUUCCUUUUUUUUUUUUUCUAAUUGUACUGCCAACAAGUAAUUUCCACCCUUCAUAUUAGUAAAUAUGUGACAAUUUGAGACAAAUAUAAGAUUACGGUUUCGUUUCAUGCUUUGGGAACUGUUGGUUUUUAUAAAAAUGUAAAUAUCA